AUGAAAACAAUUCAAAGUGUAGCUUUGAACUUUGAUUUGUAUGCUCGUUUAGAGCCAUUGUGUCUGCUUAAAUAUGAACAAGUUUUGAUUAAUUCAUCAUGUUCAUUCAUAAGUUCAUGUGCAGUUGGUGUUACGGAUGUGACUGCUCACAAUCACAUUGAUUUGAUUUAUCAUUGUGAUAGAACUGAAAUGGUGCAUGUCUUACUGGGAAAUAGCAAGUGUUCAUGUUUUCAGCGGGACAAGUUGUGGAUUCACGUUGCCGAUUUGAACAGUGAUAAUCGAGCUGAUCUGAUUUUGGGAUAUUAUAGCAACGAACUGGGCAAAACAAACGUCACUCUGGUGUUUGGUAAUGGCAAUGGAACGUUCCAAACACAAACUAGACGGUCUUUCCUUUGA